AUGGCAACUCCGAUACAAAUUACGACCUUGCCAGUAUGGCCACUCACCUUCCUUGAGGAUGCCGUUGUAUAUAUUUCGGCAUUAUUCACACCCUGGUUUGCAGCAUUUUGCGUAUUAUGGCUGCAUAGAUACGUUAGACUCAUUGUCCACUGCUACAGCCACUGGACUUACAAGUCUAAACCUAUCCCAAACAAGCCCUCUUACACAUCAGAUGAUGUUACGGUGGUGAUUCCCACGAUCCACGACAACUUUGAUGAGCUCCGGCCCUCGCUUGAAAGCAUUCUGGCCACAAAGCCGCACGAGCUGAUUAUGGUCACGACGGCCAACAAGUUUGAGGAUCUGCAGAGGGUUGUAAAAACUCUCUCCUCUUCCAACAUCCGCAUCUUCUGCACUCAGUACGCCAACAAACGCAUCCAGGUGUGCGAGGCCCUGCCCAAAAUUACGACCCGCAUUACCAUUAUGGCCGACGACGACGUGACCUGGCCAUCAACCAUGAUGCCGUGGAUCCUGGCCCCAUUUGAGGACCCGAAAAUUGGAGGUGUCGGCACAUGUCAGCGGGUAAAGAGGGUUAGGGAGGGAGGACUUGCGCUCAGUAUAUGGAACUGGCUGGGCGCCGCCUACAUUGAGCGUCGCAAUUUUGAGAUUUCUGCAACGCACAAUAUGGAUGGCGGUACAUCUUGCAUGUCGGGUCGAACUGGCGCCUACCGAUCUGAAAUCCUCAGAGAUUACGAGUUUCUUGAGGGAUUCAUGAAGGAGGAGUGGUGGGGCAAGAUCCUCAAGGCCGACGAUGACAACUUUGUGAGCCGCUGGCUCGUCAGUCACCAGUGGAAGACGUGGAUUCAGUACGACCAGGAAUGUGAGCUGGAAACCACGCUUGAGAACAACCACAAAUUCCUCUACCAAUGCUCAAGAUGGGCCAGGAGCAACUGGCGCAGCAACUGGACCAGCCUGGUCAAGGAGCGUUAUGUGUGGAAGCAACAAUGGUGGUGCACAUAUGCGUUGCAUAUUGCAACCUUCACCUCGCUCGCCUUCGUCUUCGACUUUCUCAUCCUGGCAGCCCUCUGGUGGGGCGCCGAAGAUUGGAAGCCGGUGAACCGAACCCGUGCCCUUUACGCCCAACUCGCAUUUCUCGCCUUCUCCAAGGUUGUCAAGCUCGUUGGCCUCUUCCGCCGCCACCCGGCCGACAUCAUGUUCCUCCCCGUGUCCAUCGUGUUUGGAUACUUCCACGGCCUCAUCAAGAUCUAUGCUGGCCUAACUCUUAAUAUGACAUCAUGGGGAAGCCGAACAGACGGAGACACCGACGAUGCACACCGUCUUGCGCCAGGCCCGGUCCGAUGUUCUAGCCUCAACACGCCCCGGAGCGAGCAAAAGCUUCCUCACUACGUUCAGGAGCACGAAUUUAUCAACGAGAAGCAGCAAAUGCGGGAAGAGGAGUGGGAGCACCUGUGA